AUGGCAUCGAGGUACUACGCAUACGAUUCAGAGCAGCCAGAGCCAGCUGCUGGAUUGGCUGAUGCUGAUGUGCCAGCUUUAUCACGUGAAGGAUAUCCUAAUGGCGACAAUCGACAAAGUGGCAACGACAGGGAUGACUACGAUUCUGGAUCAUCCUCAGAAGACGAGCCAUUAGAUACGGAUAAGAAGGAAAAGACUAGGAGACCAUCUGACCACCCAUUCAGGCAACAACGAUUGAAAGCUUAUAAUCCCGUGUUAACCGCCAAGACUGUGAUUCCGUUAUUAGUGGCUAUUGCUAUAAUAUUUGUACCACUAGGAGCAGCCAUGUGGUAUGCAUCAGAUAGAAUUCAGGAUAUCACUAUUGAAUACACCCAAUGUGAAGAAAUGGCAUUGAAUAAUACAUUUACUCCAAUACCUGAUAAUUACACCAGCUAUAACUUUAAAAGAGACUAUACUGGAUAUAAGCCAAACUUUUCGUGGAGAAUUGUGACUGAUGACACUCAACCAUAUGAAGAGGACAGAAAGGUGUGUCAAAUACAGUUUCAAGUGUUGACUGAUAUCAAAGGACCUCUCUAUCUUUAUUACAGAUUGCACAAGUUCCAUGCCAAUCACCGUCGUUAUGUCAAGUCGUUUAGCGAAGAUCAAUUAAAUGGGAAAGCAGCAAGUCUAGAUACAAUCAAGAACACAGUUGGACAAAAUUGCGAACCGUUGUCACAAAGAGAUGGAAAAAAGAUUUAUCCAUGUGGUCUUAUUGCCAAUAGUUUGUUCAAUGAUACUUUUUCAACUGCGUUUGAAGCAGUUAAUGGUACAAGUGCUGAUAAAACGGUGCAGCUUACCGAAAAGGGUAUCAAUUGGUCAACUGACAAAAAUAGAUUCAAAAAGACCAAAUAUAGUCAUACUGAGAUAGUACCACCCCCAAAUUGGCACAAGAUGUACCCCAAUGGAUAUAAUGAAACAAAUGUUCCUGACAUUUCACAAUGGCCCCAAUUCCACAAUUGGAUGCGCCCAAGUGCAUUAGCCACAUUCAACAAGUUAGCUUUACGAAACGAUUCGGCAACGUUGCAAGCCGGUGUAUAUCAAAUCAAUAUUGGGUUGCAUUUCCCAGUACUCCCAUACAAUGGAGGAAAAUACAUUUAUCUUUCACAGAGAUCAGUGAUUGGAGGUAAGAAUGACUUUUUGGGCAUUGCUUGGAUGGUUGGUGGAGGAAUAUGUUUUGUUUUGGGGUUGGCUUUAUUAGUUAUCAACUUUAUCAAGCCAAGAAAGACUGGUGAUGUCAAUUUAUUGAGUUGGAACCGAGAGGCAAUAAAGAGGGAUGAGCAUGAUGCUGCAAUGGCGAAUACAAGUGGAUUUGAGAAGUAA